AUGGCACCCAACCUUUUCCUCUGCCUCCGAACCGUCUUCUGCCCCACAUACUGGUUCCAACGUGGGGAGCGCAUCCAGGGGACCAUCCAUAAAGAAGAACAUUGGGAAUCUCCUGUCCCUGGCAUCUACAAAUACAUCCCUGGCCGUGGAUGGCACCUUGUUUACAAGGAUGGGAAUGAGUACGACGAAAAACUUCCUGUCCCAGUCGUUUACUGCCGCAUCCUCCACCGAUACAUGUUCGAGCAUGAACUGGAGGACAGAUGCCGCUGGCAUUCGGUGACCGUCCACGAAGGCGCUAAGCCGGAAAGAUUUCUCUUCUUCCGCCUUGAUGACGGAGACACCUGGGUUGCCGGAUGGGAUGCCAAGGGAAAAUUCAUUCCGGGACCCUAUCAAAAAUGGUACUACGACUCGGAAACGCAGACUAUGCGCCGAGUACUGUUCCCUGAUAGCACGAAUGUUUCCCGCGCCAGCAUUGUCCCAAGCAAGCUGGGCUAA